AAAGUGCUCGACUAAAGCACACGUUUUACUUUUCUAUUAAACAAUUUUAUUUUGAAUAUUUGGCCAAGCUUAUUGUAAAAAUCGUAGCAAGUGAUAAUUGUAAAUAAAUAUAUAUAAAAAAAUACAAAAAAAAAGUAUAUAAAAAUAAAAACGUAAGAAAUGCCAGAAAUACGGAAACAACAUACUCCUGUCAAUGGCACGGACCAGACACAGAACCAGAAAUUAUCCAAAUCGGGGUCUUUAACUCCGCAGGAGAAGCGCAUCGGUCUCAUAACUGCAAUGGGCCAGUUUAGGCCCAAGAAUGCCACGCCCAUACAGUUCUACAACUUUGUGCGGGAAUUCUGCAUUAUGCACAAUUGCAGCAUUGACGAGGCCAUGGAAAGAGCGCCGGUGUCCUGGACAAAGCUUAGCAAGGACCAAAGGGAGCUAUACAAUUCGGAGAUGCAUGCUGCUCUACCCAUUCCAGUACCCAGGCAUCUAGUCUAUCGCGCUUUCCAAAUGGAGCGUGCCGGACGCUGGAAGCUUAGCUCCGUGCCGGCUGGAAAAGGCGGAUCCAUCAUGUACUCCGUGGAGUCAUAUGCGCCACCAACGAAACCCACUCGGAUGCAGUCACGCAUCCGAUCGCAGCAGCCGCGUUUCGACAAUCUGGCCGAAUCGUCGCCCUGUUACCUCGAAUCCUCUCCCAGACACCAUCUGCCCAAGAAGCCGAGAACUUUGACGCCGCCAGAGCAAAGAGCGCAACGAGCACAGAAAGAGAAGAGCACAGGCUCGCACUCUCUCACACGCAUACUGUCCGCGGUGAGUGCGAAAGGGAACAACGAUGGGAUCAACGGGAAGAAGCCCGUUAAAUGCAAGAGCAACAAAAAGCUGAUAGGCAGCGAUAAGAAGUUGCCAGCAAAGCAGACAUCAUCAAAAAUGGAACUCAAGAGAAAGCAUCCAAAUAAGAAAUACAAAAAGAAACUCUAGAAAUUAUUUCUAAAUGUAUUACUCAAGUGAUAUAGCAUCCAGCAUCUUAUACCCCAUAGUUAAGACGUGACAAACACAUUAUAUAUAUAUGUAUGCAUAUAUCGGCUAACAUAUUUACAACAACAUGUACAGGCAUAGACGAAUACACACACACACACACACACACACACACACACGAGCACAUUUACAUAAAUAUAUAGACAGAUACCGAGACAGACAAACAGACCACAAUACACGAAAUUUCAAGUACACAUGCACUCACACAUACAAAAACAUAUAAAUAUAUAUAUAUACAUAUUUCACACUUAUUGUCACAUAUACAAAAAGAAGAGGAAUGCUACUUGCUGCUGCCCCCCCUCCCUUCCCCUACCCCAUCUGGAUUUGAACACAAACUGCACUCAAAUAGCAAUCAAACAAACAGUCAAUUAAUCAAUUAAUCAAGUAAUCACAUAUUAUGUGCAAUUGUAUUCAUUAAGUAUUUCUGAAUAUUAAAUGUAUGUACCCAAUUAAUUAUAC